UUCAGGUUCCCUUUCCAUCAGUUCUUCAAAGGCCUGCUACACACUCACGUUUUGUCAGUAAAAACAAAGCCUGCAAACACUUUACAAGAGAUGUUGUGUGCUUGCCUUUUUCUUCAGCAUCAACAAUCCGCAUUCCAAGGGGAGACACAAGAGCAAAUUUAGCACAAGAUGGCCUUAUUGGGAAUAUCUCAUUUACAUCUGACUGGUCUGAAGCCCAACUUAAAGAAGAAAUGACUGCCAUUUUCAGAAGAACGUUUUCAUUGUCUAUGGGCCAGUCAUUCCCAUUUGAGUAUUUGAGUACAGUCAAGGGAUGCAAAAGACUAAUGAAACCAAACGUCUCGAGCAAUUUUCUGUGGGGUGGAAAAGAAGUUGCCUCGAUUAGUUCAGCCACUUGUCUCUAUAUAAUGGCAUUAAUACGCAAACCUGUACAGGAGGAACCUGAGGAACUCUCUGAUAGUGACUUUGAAAGUCCUGUGGGCUGGAGAAGGAGAGGUCAUACAGUGUCACCUUUCACAAGUGAAAGUGAGCUCAUCAGUCAAGGGAGUGAAAAUGACAGACUGCAAGAAAGUCCAUCGCGUCAAAGAAGAAUGCGGAGUACAGUGCCUUCAUCACCGAGGGAAAGUGAGGCCAGAUGUCAGGAGACAGAGAGCAGCAAUCAAGAGAGUGAAAGUCAGGGCCAGGCAGGGGACCUGAGACAAGUGUUUCCUUAUAAUGUGGCAGAAUUUGUCCCUGUUUAUCUGGAGGAAGAUGAGGCUCUUGAAGAGGCAAUACAGCGUAGCCUACUAGAAGAGUGUGAUAGACCUGCUGUUAAUACUUUAAAGUCAUCUGAAAUGCUGAGCAAAGAAGAAAUUGCAGGCCUUCUACAAGCUCACAGUGAGAGAGUUAUUACAUUGGGAACAAGACAGAUCUGUAUCAGUCGAGCCAAUGUUUGGACCACAGCCUUACGUGUGUUUAAGAGACCUGGUUUAGCAGAAAGCUGUGACAGGCUCUAUGUUACAUUUGCAAGCGAUGAGCAUGAUGCUGGGGAAGAUGCUGCUGACCUUGGGGGUCCCAGACGAGAGUUUUUCCGCUUACUGGUGAAGGCUAUCUUCCAGGACAGUGGUGCUUUUGAAGGCACACCAAAUGGAUGCACACCAAGACUGAACAUGCUCCACUUGCAAAAUGGAGUGUAUCGAACCAUUGGCAGGAUGAUGUCUACAAUAAUAGUGCAAGGGGGUGAACCACCUGCAUUCCUGUCCCCGAGUGUGGUGGACUACAUUGUGUCUGGGGACAUCCUUCAAGCUCACGUGACACCUGAUGAUAUAGGUGACCCUGAUUUAAGGGAGAACCUCAAUAAGGUUCAACAUGCAACCUUGCAGGAUGAUUUGGAGAAAGCAGUCAGCUGCUGUGACUCAUGGCGAUAUCAACUUGAGGGUCUUCCACUCGUAGUCACCAUGGCCAACAGAGAUGUGUUUGUGAAAAAUGCAGUUCUAUAUCAUACUGUUGUGCAACGGCAGAGCUGUCUUGAUCAACUAAUUGAUGGCUUGUCCCACUAUGGAGUUUUAUCACUCUUGAGAGAGAACCCCAGCUUGCGUGUGCUGCUUGACAUACCAGGAGAGGACAAAGGUCAAGAAGCUGAUUUUGUAGCUGGUAUUCUCAAACCAAGCUACUCUGCACUGGGGAGCAACUGAAGAGCUAAAGAGGAGUUGAUGGUGGUCAAAUUUAGGGAGUUUCUACAAUGUGUUGAAAGUAAAGAGCUGAGAGACACAUAUGGGGACAGGACUCUAACAAACGAUGAGGAGGCAUUCCUGAAGACUUUGAGCCCUGGUCACAUCCUGGCAUUUGCUACAGGGAGCAGCAAAGUCCCAGCCAUUGGUUUUCAUCCAACUCCUAAGU